CUCCCUUUUGCCCUGGCCUGCAUGGCACUCUGUCUCUGGACCCUAUCUGUGGUGUAGCAGGAAUCUCUCAACCAUGUUCCUCACUACAACAAUCCCCUGCGACAGCACUAAGAGGAGAAAGGCAUGAUGGGUCAGCUUCCAGAGGAAGUUUUGGAUGGCUUUGGGGCCGAAGAGCUGGAGUGUAAGAUCUGCUACUGCCCCUACAACCUGUCUGGACGACGACCUAAAGUGCUUGAGUGCUGCCAUCGCUUGUGUGCCAAGUGCCUGGCUAAAAUCCUCGACCUAGGUGAGUCACCUCCCAACGCAGUAGUCUGUCCUUUCUGCCGCUAUGUUACUGCACUACCUGGAGAGGCCGUGGCCAGCCUGCCGGACGAUUACAACCUGGUGGCUGCAUUAUCCAUCCGGACCCGUCAUCAUCCAAACCUUCGCGAGAACCACCAGGGUGAGAUCUUGCUAAGCCCGAGGCGCUUGAGCUCUCUGGUGGCUCACUCUGCAUCUGCCUCGCCUUCAUCUAUACGCUCUAACUACGUGGUCAUCACCAUCAUGCAGCCCCCACAGCAGCCUGUAGCGGUCACCGGCCGGGCUGGAAGGAAUCACCGCUCAUCCAGUCUGGACUCCAUGGCCUCGGUCACUCGUCGGUGGACGGUGUGGAACUGCGCAGCCCUGCUUUGCCAGACUUCAGCCCGGGCCCUGCUGUGGCUCCUCGGGCUUUUGUACUUCAGCUCCCUGCCACUUGGUGUUUACCUGCUCAUCAUGCAGAAUACCAUGGCGGGUGUGCUGCUCGUCAGCCUGGUGCCCGUCAGUCUGCUUGUGAUCAUGGCGUAUGGGCUCUGCCAGUGCAUGUGCCACGAGUUCUGGAACUGUGUGCCACCUUAACAACCAAAGGGAGGAGGGCCAUUUGCCCAAAUGUUACAUGAUCGGGUGACUUGACCGCAGUCUGGAUGUGUCAGUGGUCCGACAGGUUUGUGGAAAGUUAUGGACACUUUCACGGUUCGUUCUGGGUUUUAAGGAAGCGUGUACAUAAAUGACUGAGAAGAAAAGCAAUAGAUUUCAUAAAAAAUACAAAGAUCUGAGAAAUUCCAUAUUGUAAUUAUGUUGCUUGCAAUUGCGAGAUGCCCUGAUCGCUGCACACCAGUGAACCCUUGAUUUAGCAUGGUUAACAA